CACCAGUGGCAACAUGAACACCACCAUUGCAUCAGAAUACUCAGCAGAAACACACGCCACGCCCAUUGAACAUAGAUUCAACCCUUACUCGGACAAUGGGGGGACGGUCCUUGGAAUUGCCGGUAAGGAUUUCGCGGUGUUGGCGGGUGAUACCAGACAUGUUGAAGGGUACUCGAUCAAUUCUCGGUAUGAACCCAAGAUUUUCAACGUGGGCGACGACAUCGUCAUGACCGCCAACGGGUUUGCGGCCGACGGAAAGGCCUUAAUCAACAGCUUCAAGACCCAGUUGAAAUGGUACAAAUUUGACCAUAAUGACAAGAGAUUCUCCAUUCAAAGUGCUGCUAGGUAUAUCCGUCAUUUACUUUACGGAAAGAGGUUUUUCCCGUACUACGUCAGCACCUUGAUUGCGGGAUUGGACGACGAGGGAAAGGGGUGUGUUUACUCGUUUGACCCGGUGGGUUCUUAUGAGCGUGAACAGUGUAGGGCAGGAGGUUCAGCUUCGAGUUUGAUUAUGCCAUUCUUGGAUAACCAAGUGAAUUUCAAGAACCAGUACGAGCCAGAUAGUGACGGGAAGGUAAAGAAGCCAUUGCGGUACUUGGAGUUGGAUGAGGUGUUGGAGUUGGUGAAGGAUGCGUUUUCUUCGGCCACCGAAAGACAUAUUCAAGUGGGUGAUGGAUUAGAGAUCCAUAUAGUCACGAAGGAGGGGGUACGGGUGGAGUACUUUCCAUUGAAGAGAGAUUAGGGAGUAUUGAAGAUUAGGUAGAAUAAACGAUUAAGAAUGCC